CUUCUCGCGGUCGUUGUAUGUGGACACAAGUUUCCAGUUCCCGGUAAGGCUCCUUCGAAGGUAAUGUGCUUACAUCCUCUCAUACAGGGGCUUAUUUGCUGGGGGGCGAUGAAAGUGCAUCUGAAGAGGAUCUUCGGGUGAGAGUUCCACGAGAGGUGGUCUUAACUUGAGCUCGUGGAAAAUCCGUGUGAUUACAUUAGUGCAGAGCAUCUCUGACACUGAUAAAUGAUAAGUGGAAAAUGAGUGAGGCUGUUGGAGUUUGAUGGCUUUGAUGUUGUAUCGUGGAACGUGUCGUUUGGCCGUUGGAACAAGUUUCCGCGAAGGAAGAAUUUGAAAUACGAUGAUCCUGACUUGCUGUUUUGAUGAAUGAUGAAACGUGCUCGUAUCGAAAUUAGUUAAUGUGCAAAUUUGUGUCAAAAUAGCUUGUGCGCUAAGUGAGCUGAUACUGGUGAAACGAAAAGUUUAUAUGAAUAUAAUAAUAAAUUGCAAUAAAUAUCAAGAAGAAAUUGAAAAAAAAAAUCCUGCAAUUGAUGUAAUCAUCCGAUCCUUAAUUGUCGUUGAUUGGAAAAGUGGAUUACUGCGAAGAUACCGUUCGAGUAAUCAGAGAGAAACCGUUUUAUGCUAAUUAAUAAAGUUGUGGAAAAUUUCCCUCCCUUCGUCAUCGGUGGAGUGAUAAUUAGUGAGCGUAAAAUCUUACGAGAUAAAAAAACGGAAAUCAGAAGAAAGUGAACCAACACUGCAUCAGUGGUGGAAAACCCGUCGGAACAACGUUGAAAACUGAAAACAGAAAACAUCCCCCCAGAAAACACCACGACAACCAAUUGGAUUUACGAAAGGAGCAUCGAAUAAAUCACCCUCAACCGACAGGACCAACGAUUGCGACGGGAUAAAAGGACAAAAUAAUUUAUUCAUCGAUCUAAUUGCUGGUGACACAUUCGGCUUUUGAGAGUGAUGGAGUAUCCAUUCGACGAGUGAAGGGCCGGUCUUUUUAUGGCGUAAUAAGCAAUUAACAGUCAUGACACGUGAAAGUGUGCUUAAAAUCGAUUUUUCAGUGCCCGAGCGUCACGCAAUGAGUGGAUGAUAAGUCUAAGUUUCAGUAUCGGAAAAACGGAGAACGAGAUCGUUCAAAAACACAUCAACGCUGCACGAGCUUUCGAUUAACACGUGGAAUGCCGGCCGAAAAACAAGGAAUCCGAUAUCAACCACGUGCGAUGCCGGUACAUAACUGAAUAAAGUGCGCGAAAAUGCGAUGCUCGCUAUUUUGAACAACCUCGUCAGCGGAAAAACAACCCUUUUACCCACUCCAUUUCCUUUCAGCCAUUCCCAAAUCUCGACCGACAUUCAGUGAACAUGUUUCGGGCGCGUAUAUCGACAUGAUGUUGUGCGGUGAUGCCAGACAUUAAAAAGAAAAUGCGAUGCUAAUUGAAUUUAUGAAAAUGAAUUAAACGUGAAUGAUGACGAGCGAUGCAAAUUGAAGAUUUUCGACGCCCGAACCUUGAUAAUCUGGUUGAAGCCUGGAAAAGGCUGGCUAUGUUCAUCGAACGCGGUUCUACUUACUGGAAGUGAAAGUGAUUUGAAAAGGGAUUCCUUCUUAGGAACGGUGCUCAGCUGGAAAGUGAUAAUUGAGAAGGAGGUUGCGGUUUUGUCGAUUUGUUGCCGGUUAAUCGAAUCUAGCUGGACGAAAUGGAUUACAAGCAUUUGAUGAUGCUCGCCUUAGCAUUGGUGGCUCUCGUGAAAGACUGCGUUAGUCUACAGCGUUUUGCCGAGCAGCCGAAGUACACCGAAGUGAACCCGGGCCAGGACGCCUUGAUGGUAUGCAAAGUAAUCGACAAACGAGGCGUUUGCUCGUGGCAGAAGGACAAUAAGCCUGUGGGGAUUUAUCCGAAAAAGUACGAGUGGGCCAGCCAGUAUGGCAUCGGUCAAACCACUCACAUGGGUGGGGACUGUUCGCUUUGGGUGAGGGCGGCUCAGCUGGAGUUUGACGACGGUCUGUGGGAGUGUCAGGUCACUGCGAGCGAUUUCACGACGCAGGACGCCCUCACCAGUCAGCCAGUGCGGCUGGUAGUCAGAGUUCCACCACAACGACCUAGACUGGAACACGAAGGAGUCCAUGUUCCUCCCGGGCACAACGUCACCGUAGACUCCGGAGCGAUGGCCACCGUAAAAUGUGUCUCGCACUACGGAAACCCUCCGGCCCAGUUGAAGUGGUUUCUAGGUGACCAGGAAAUAUCGCCUCUGCAUCCACAAACAAAUUCAACUGAGCCGGAUAAUCCAAGGACGUGGUCAGCGGCGUCCGUUGUUCAAAUCCCCGCCAACAAGGAUCGCCACGGUGCCAUUCUCAAAUGCCUUGCGAUUCACGAAUCGUACUCGGCCCGUUCGGUGGCCGUCGAAGCACGACUAGAUGUUAAGUAUGCACCUACAGUGAGAUUACUCGGAGCACCACAGAUCGAUCUGGAGGAGGGAAAAGAUUCACUUAUCCUGCGGUGUCAAGCGGAUGCCAAUCCCACCGCGAGCAUUGUAUGGCGACGAGCUGGUCGAUCCGAAAUAGCUAGUUUACAAGAAUCACUUCAACUCAGGCCCGUUGGCAGACGGGAUGCCGGUUUGUACACGUGUCAAGCGCAAAAUUCCGUAGGAACCUCGGAGACCCUCUCCGUUCAAUUAGAUGUUAAAUAUGCCCCGAAGAUUUUAUCAGCCGGCCCCGAUCGAUUAACAACGGCACCGCUUUUCAGUCCCGCUGCCUUCGAAUGCGUGGCGGAAGGAAACCCACAACCCACCUAUAAAUGGGUGCAAAGAAUUUCUACACAGGGAAAACCAUUCCUCGACAGAGGGCGAGAGUCAAGACUGGUAAUAGAUAACGUAACGUAUGACUAUCAAGGCGAGUACGAGUGUCGGGCGACCAACUUCAUCAAUGGCCAGGAAAGGACAGCUACAUCCGAUCCGAUAGCACUUCAAGUAGUCGGUGCACCACAGGUUCUGCGAUCAUCUUCCACCGCUUCCGGCCACUCGGUGUCGGUCAGGAAGGGAGACUCGGCCACACUUUCGUUGAUAGUGUGCGCUGACCCCCGGCCUCGCCAUGUUUCGUGGGAAUGGGGCUCUCUGCGACUGGAAGCAGGCUCGGGAAUAGGGCGCUUCCGGGUCGAUGACGUCACGCAGGAUAGCCGGGAGGAUUGUUACCUGGCAACGUUACACAUCGACGAUGCUGACUUACAAGACCAGCGGCCGUACUAUCUGGUGGUGGAGAACGACCGAGGCCACGACCGGCACGCGGUCAACCUACGUGUAGAAGGGAUGUUUUCAGUGGAACCACUAGAACUGAGUUACCUGCUUGGGAUCGCCGGGGGAUGCCUGGCGGCUUUUCUAAUCCUUGUUUGCCUGUGUAUAUACGCGAUACGGACGAGAAAGUGUUGUUUCAGAAAUCGAAACAACUACAAAACCUCAGAGAAGGACAGUGAAAAAGCGGACCUGAAAUCCCGCUCCGACAGCACCAGCGUUCCGCCCCUCGAUUCCAUCUAUACGACCCCGACCGGAUUCCAUCAUCAUCAUCACCCGAACGGAACACCCGGUUCACCGGAAGCUAUGAAGUCGACAGCGAUCCUCACUACACAAAACAAUCAUCUACAUUUGGGUGACAAUGUAAAUAGUAGCAACGGCAAUGCCAGCGAUCUGGUUUUGGGUGCACUUCGACAUCAGCGCGAUUUGUUCAGUGGUUCCCUCGGAAUACCGGACGUCACAACACGUGUGGGCAGCGUGAUACACGCAUUCGAAACAAUGGCCCGCCAACGGCAAGCCCUAGAAAGAAAUACCGGCGAAAAACCGUACGAUUCGACCGUUGGCCCUCGAUAUCGCUCCCACAGGUCCAAUGUAAAAAGAGUUAAUGACAACGGCAACCGUCAUAAAAUCAUAUUACCAUCUCCCAAAAUAUCCCCAUCCUCGACCGAAUCCUUAACCUUUGUACAGCAUUCCUUUCUUCCGAAUACCCGAAACCAAUUCUUGAACAGCAGCAUCAAACACAAUAAUAGCAGUAGCAGUAAUAAUCUACAGAUAAAUAACAAUAAUUCAGGACAGUACUUUCUUCAUUCAAAUAUUCAUAGUAAUAAUAACCAGGCGAUGGCCAGAACGACUUUCCAGUCGAACACUGGCUCUGAAAUCCAUUACAAUCUGGCUAACGAUAAUGAAUCAAGCAAUUUCGAUUCGCUGAAUCUAGACGAUGAUUACCGUAAAAGCUCUUUUGGCAAACAAUCAAAACUCCAACCAACGGCAACCACCACGGCUUCGAUUGGCACACUCGGUCGUAAUCAACAUUUAAAUGAUGCCACUACUAGUGCGGUGGACGGUGGUAAUACUAACUUGCGCAGUUCUUUUCAACCAGCAGGAGACACUGAGAAUAACAGCUUCAGUAGAAACAAUCCGAACGUAUUUUUCAACUCGGCACCACUUUCCCAACCGCCAUUAUCUGCGACAGCAGCAUCCCAGGUCUCCGAAAGCGACAAACCAGCAUCCCCAACGAUAUUGGCGGCAACUGUUGGGACCGGUGCAAGGGUGGCGACGACACCAACGACAACGACGGUAACGUCGCCACAAACACCAGUUUCCACGAUGCGAUAUUACAACCACGAUAACAACAAUAAUAAUAAUAGUGGCAAUCGCCGAUCCACCCGCAGUUCCGCUGGCAAUCCUGUGAAAGACGAUAACGACGGCAGAGGCGGCGAUAGCUUUACUAGCAAUGACAAAUUCCUACGCGGUACCACUGUCAGUCAAUCAUUCAUCAAGAACGUGAAGAACAUGCGGAGAAAGUCAUCCUCGUACGACUUGCAGACUGCCAAUGCUAGUCUAAUGCCGGGAGGGACCACCGCAAAUUCCUCAUCCAUCGUUGGGUUCCGGCAGAAGAGCGGUUCGGCGUUAAUGACAACGGCUGCUAGACACCUUUACCGACGUGCACCGAAGGGUCCUACUGCUGCCUCUGAUAAUGACACUGAUGAAUUAACCACCAUCACCACUAGCAACAUUAUGGCCAAGCCACGAGAAUCUGCAAACGUCGACAGUAAUCGUGGUUCAGGUAAGCGGAAAACGUUCCAACCCAGAACGUUAGAUAGGGCGGAAAUUUGAUGAUUAAGUAAAAACUCAGCAACCAUUAGUCUAGAAUUUACGAUCGUAAGGAAUCUCCGAGAACUCGUACUCGAAUUACUUUAUUUGCUCUUUCUUGCCUUUUUUAUUUCUUUGCGAGCCAUUUGUACAAACGCGAUUCCACAAUGGUCGAGCUAAUGCACACAAAGAUGCUAAUUACUUUUAGGCUAAAGAAACUCAAGUGUCAUAAAAUGAACCAAAACGGAAAGAUGAAAGAAUAUAGGUAAAUUUAUAGUCGGUACAUUGGCGUAACUUCCUUUGGUUUCCAGGGGUGUAAAGUUUAAACUAGGGUGUUCAUUCUGGGCUGAGCAUCUCCCAGAAGUUAAGAAAUAUUGUUCCAAUUAUAUUUUAUCGCAAAUAGAUCAGUAUUCCAGAAAUUAAUCUCUGUGUGGAACAAAAGGUUCUUGAAUUUCUUUUGGCUUUUUUUGGGUCAGUUUGAUGCUAAUAAAAUAUCCUCG